AUGAAGAGCUCCCUCAAGGGGAGGAGAAGAUACAGCGCCGACAUUUUGGACAUGGAGCAAGCGUCGCAGCAAGGCUUCGAGCAUGGGGCACUCAGAGUCGCAGGCUUUCGACCCGGAGAUGAGGAUGGUACAUUUGAGUGCCGCAUUGAGGACUCGGGCGAGCAAGCAUUGGCGGCGUUGCACUUCUUCAUCUCUGACACGUCCGAUUACCCGGGACAACAUACGUUCUUCUGUCACGCCGCCGAUGAGCACAUCCCUAGCGCGAUCGCAGAGGUCAUUGAGGUUUUGCCUGAGGAGCCUUCGCGCACCAUCGAGGAUAUGCUUGAGAGACUACUGACCGUGCUCGCCAAGAAGCUUGCAGGCCACCAGGACGGAGACACGGAUGACGAGAUGGAAGAGGAUGACUUCGACUACGACAUGCACUCAGAUGACGGCUUAGGCAUUGACGUCGUCGACAAGGCGAAGCUCGACUAUCGUCUGCUGCAGAUUCACUUCAACGAGGUGGUAUCCUACGAUUACCGACCAGGCUUCAUACCGUUCGGGGCCGACGACUUCGUUCUCUCCGUGUCCAUCCCGAUCAUCAAGCUCGCGCGGGACAUCCCCGCACGCGCGCUGAUGGCCUGGGACGGGCGGCUCCUCUCGCGAACACAACAUCUAACGCUCCUAGUGACAGGUCUGCGCGGCACGUAUCCCGUGCUGCAGACCGACGGCACCGUGCGCCCCGAUGCGGCGACGCGAGGCAUCUCCCCGCAGUUCAGGAUUGGCCUCACGCCGAUCUAUAAGCCGCAGAAAGAGCAUGUGGCGGCGGUCGUGCGUGUGUUCGGGCUGAAGGACCAGCCGUCCGAUGUGCCGCCGCCCGAGCAGGACGUGCAGGAUGAGAUGCUGUCGGAUGACGAGGGCGACCAUGAACUGCUAGAGCCCACGGACGACGAGCCGCAGGUCGAGGAGUCGAGCUUCCAGCCGUUCAGCUUGAGCGCCUCGCUUGAGACUCUGUUGAACCAGCGUUUCCUGCGUGUCGUUCAGCUGAGGCUGGAACACGAACUCGGCUGGGCUGGCGCAGAGGUGCUCGCAUGGGAGGCAGAGAGAGUGCAGAAGAAACCGGCCGACAUCCUCAAGAGUAUGAGAAAGCAAAUCCGGGCGGCUGACGAAAAGGAAGCGGGGCUCGCGAGUAGCUACAAGCUGCCACCCGAUCCCCUUCUCGCCUACGACCGCGGUGCACCACUCAACCUGCCAUUGUUGGCAUUCUGCUACUUGUUGCGACGACUGACGCUGUGUCCUCGGUACUGCAUCGUAUGCCACGAAGAGCUGAAGACGAACUACGAGUCCCUGAAGCCGUACGUGUGCGACACCGGACUAUGCACCUACCAGUACUACCAUCUCAACUUGGGGCCCUCUCUGGAGUAUGAGAUCUGCGAGAGUACUGAUAUCGUCGACCUUCUCGUCUCCGUUACCUACGUCGCGGCGAAGGAGGCAUCCACAGAGGGUCCAUUCCCGAUCGGGAUGGGCCUUCGUGUCCCAUACACAUCGGGCAUAGACACAAGAGUGACCGCGGAUGAAGACGGCCUCUAUGACUUCGAUAAACUCAGUCCACGCCAGAUGUGUCAAUCGAUGGUUGAACUGCUUGAUGCGCUCCCUCCUAUUGCAAACAUGAAGCGGCACCUGGAGAAGCCAAUUGCUAUCGGAAGAACGAAGCACAAGCUCAGGGAUAUGGCCCCUACCGUACCAAGUGCCGCGUGGUUGCUUCUCCGAUGGUGUAUUGGAUCCUGUAUGGCGCACUUAGAAGAGUUACGCUCCCCAGAGGAUCGCAUUACGAACAUAGAUCCUACAUGGAGACAGUUCCGCUUCAGUGUCGGUGCUCCCGAUGCCGAGGCGAAGUUCCGGACUGCUUUGACGGAAGUGCAAAAUGUGGACGCCAACUGCAGGCAAUACCCCUCACUCUACGCAUUUCAUGGUUCCUCCCUGAGAAAUUGGCACUCGAUCAUUCGACAUGGCUUGUGGUUCGACAAGAUCUCCAAUGGCAGAGCAUAUGGCAAUGGAGUCUAUUUCGCAAGAGAAGGCUCGGUUUCCCAAGGAUACUCAGCUCGUGGAUCGACUGGUUGGAAAAACAGUGCUCUCAGCAUACAGUCAUGUGUUGCCCUCGCGCAGAUCGUGAACAUGCCGUCGCAGUUUGUGAACACAAAUCCUUACUUUGUCGUCGCGAAAACCGAUUGGAUAAUCUGUCGCUACCUUCUCGUGCAAGCCGCCAACCAUGAUGCCGCGGCAGAAGGAGAGCGAUCCGCGGACGUCCGCAUGCCCUACGUCCGCCUGGAUCCUGCAUACAAGUUGACGAUGGCUUCCAGAGAGGUCCAGGUCCCAGAACCAUCCUUCAGGCUCGAGAAGCUGUUGUCUGCACGACGCGACGAGUAUCUCGAGGCUGAGUACGAUGCUGACGACAUGACCGUCUUCGCAAACGGCGAGGCUAUCUCUCGAUCGUUAGCAGCCUUGCCGCAGCAACCGAUGGAUGAGGACGACUGGGCCCAUGAUCCUGCCUGGGUGAGCCUCUGCAUCGAAAACGUGCUGCUGCCCCCUUCGGAAUCCAGUCUGCAAGCAACGAUGGCACUGCAGAGAGAGCUGAAGGCGAUGCUAACGGAACAAGAGCGGGCGAAGUCUCUGCGCGAACUCGGAUGGUACAUGCCACCGGAGUUCGUGGGAGACAAUCUCUAUCAGUGGAUCGUAGAACUGCAUUCCUUCGACAAGGACCUCCAGAUAGCCAAAGACAUGGAAGCACGAGGUGUUACAUCUCUCGUCUUUGAGAUCCGGUUCCCGCCUAUGUUCCCUCAUAGUCCCCCGUUCUUUCGUAUUCUGAGGCCACGUCUCCUACCUUUCAUCCUGGGUGGCGGAGGCCAUGUAACAGGAGGUGGCUCGAUGUGUAUGGACUUACUGACGGCCGAUGGCUGGCUGCCAAGUUACAGCAUAUCGGCCAUCCUCCUUCAGAUCAAGCUAGCUAUCUCGAACACGGAGCCUCGACCCGCUCGACUUGCUCAAAACUGGGACACGCCUUACGGAAUGCAGGAAGCGUUGGAUGGCUAUAAAAGAGCUGCUAAUACACAUGGCUGGAAGAUCCCCCGAGGACUAGAGAGACUGACACACUGA